AUGGAAGAGACAUUCGGUCUACUUCCCCCUCCUCAACAGACCUUCUUUUGUCCUCGCGACGAGGCCAUAGCUCAGCUGAACGACUUUACAAAAGGGCAAGGAUAUUCCAUUACUAUCAAGCGAUCGAAUAAGAAGGGCUCGUAUCUACACUGCUCCCGGAGUGGCCAAGUAAAAGUUCAUGUUGAAGGAGUUAAAAGAACCCGUCAAACAACAUCCGGAAGAUGUGACUGUCCAUUCCGAGCAGUUCUCAGAGUGAAAGAACAGGGCAAUCGUCUAGACUUCUCUGUCCAACAACCAACACAUAAUCAUCCUGGCGAAAAGCCGAUUCUCCUCCCAGUCCAUCGACAGCGUGACAUCUCCAAGUACCGGGACCGAAUCAUCGCCUAUUUCUCUGUUGGCAUGAAAUCACAAGCAAUUCUCACUUUACUUCGAGACGAAGCUGCCCGAAAUGGAACAAGAUCUCCAUACAUCGUCGUUGAAGAUCUUCAAAAUUUAAAGAAAAAUACAAAAGACCUGCAGACUUCUCUUGCUUCAGGCAAUUCUCACCCUGUCAUUCCUGUCAUCUCACCGUUGCCCUCACCGACACCUGCAGAUGCAAAUCGACUCACUAUUCUCGGGCCCCGUGAUGACGCCGUUCGAGAAUAUACUGCCUGGCAAGAAACUAAUGUCGCCAAUGAUGUUCUUAAAGCUGAAUUUCGCCAUGCUUGUGAAAUUGCACUGGCGAAUGGACUUGAUUUGGAGCAGAUUCAUGAAGACAAAAACCCGUCUUUUUUUACUAGCGAAGGAAUCAAGAUUGGGAUUGCUCGACGUUUUGUUAAUGAUAUUGGUGAGUGGGUUAGAACUGUGAGGACUGCCCACGACCCAGCUAUCUGGGAUGAUCUACCGGUGAGCUAG